AUGACAACAAUACCACGUAAUUUUGUUUUAUUAGAAGAAUUAGAAUCAGGUGAAAAAUCAACAGGUGAUGGUACCAUUAGUUAUGGUUUAGAAAGUCCAGAUGAUAUUUUAUUAAGUUCUUGGAUUGGUACCAUUAUUGGACCACAAAAUACACCAUUUGAUAAUAGAUUUUAUAGUUUAAAACUUUAUUGUGAUAAAGAUUAUCCAAAUAAACCACCAACAGUUAGAUUCACAACUAAAAUCAAUAUUGGUUGCGUUAAUCAACAAAAUGGAGUUGUAGAUCCAAAAAAUUUACCAAUCUUAUCAAAUUGGACCUCAAAAAAUAGAAUUCAAAAUAUUUUAUCAGAACUUAGACGUGAAAUGAGCUCUUCCUCAAAUAAAAAGUUAGUUCAACCACCAGAAGGUGCUAAUUUCUAA